AUGCCGAUUACCUCGCUAAUCGCAAUUGGUCAGGGAGCGACGUCUACGUCAGCAACGUCGUUGUGCCACCUGGACGCGAUGGAGUUGUUUCUUGUAUUAAAAGAUUCCCGGUAAUGAGCUAAUUAAUGACAUCAUUUGUUAUAUACCUCCGUGGUUUUUCCAGAAUAUAUCACGGCCAGCACGUCCGUUAUUCAGUUAUAAGUUCCUGGGGCGAGGCAUACGGACGUCAUACGACGAAUUGCCGAUUACCUCGCUAAUCGCAAUUGGUCAGGGAGCGACGUCUACGUCAGCAACGUCGUUGUGCCACCUGGACGCGAUGGAGUUGUUUCUUGUAUUAAAGAAUUCGGGUUGCAUCUCAAAUACAUCAUCAACAGACAGUUCAUUCUCGUCUGUGAACACGACGACCAAAUCCACGUCGCACACGCCUGUCACCAGGCAAACCAAACUUGCCCCUGCGCCUGGCUCCAACGAUGUUCGUAUUUCCGAAAGUAUCGACGCAACGCAAGCACGUUCGUAGACGCAGUUUUGCGUGCGAUUUGUCAACCAUUGACUGGGCCGACAUCAUUGGAUAUUUUUGUACAGACGGGCACGUCACAAAAGAAAUGUACGUCGACGGUGCCGAUGCUGGACUAUGUGGUGAAAUUAGAAAUAUUUCCGUCGGGGGCUAUUUGCGUAAAAAAAAGAAAAAAGCUUCAACCAGAUCAGGAGCCGAUGUAAAUGGUAUUUAA